AUGAAGGCGAUUCCAAUAAAGUUCGGCCCUGCUCCCAGCCCAUCGCCGCCAACUUUCUCCGGAUCUGCGAUGUCGGGGAUCCGCUCUGCGUUGCUGUAUAAAGGUAGUCGGAUCGUUUUUACCAGUCGUAUUAGAAAUAAGGGAUAUCGCUCUUUAGAAGACCGACAAGAAGGCCGUGAACAACGUAACUAACCCCCCGUCAAAGAAACUCAUCGAGGCAAGCGCCUCCCAUCCGUCUCGACCAAGCUCCCAGCCGCGCAUCAAGAACGAGUCGGCUAUGUAGGAAGCUCACGCCCAAACGCCUUCGCCGCCUUCUUCGAUAAAAACCGUCGCCGCCGCCGUCUCGCUGAGAAGCGUGACCUCAAGUAUUCUAAGACCGACGGGGACCGUGAAGGAUACGAGGAGCGCGACUUCGACGAAAGACUUGAGCACUGGCUUGAGGAAGUUUCAUGUCCGGUCGCAGUCACCGCCCCGGGGCGGUAUGCGGCGUCUGCUACUCCGAGGCUGGUCCAGCAAGUCAGGGGUUCGAAGCCUGUAGCCGCUGCGACAAGCGUUUUCCACUGCUCCAUCGACUGCCGCGAGAUCGACAUGAAGAAGCACAAGCAGAUCUGCAAGCCGCAGGAGAAGCCAGAGGCCGAGGAGCCACAGCAUGGCGAGAUCGACGUUGAGAUCAUUCAGAACUCCGCGGGUCAGAAGAAGCCACAGCACGGCGAGGUCGUCCAGGGCAUGUCUACUGGCGGAAAGCUCCGUGGACAGAAGAAGUACAAGCGUGACCAGCGUAUUCCCAACGCAGAACGCGUACCGCUCUCUGUCUACUUUGCUGUCACGGCUACCAUGGUGCUCUACCUUGUCUGGGGCAUGAUGUCUGUGUUCAAGCAGUAA